AUGGAGCCUAUUGGAGCCUUUCCUGAUGGAGAAUCUUGGGAUUCCUUUAGCAAGAUGUUCUCCACUGAUCAAGAGCUUGAUUUCACACCACAAGUUCUUGGUCAGUAUUGCUCAUUUCUGCUCGAGCAUGAUGAGGAUUUGAACGCUCGAGUCCCGUCAUCUUUUUGCCCCACUUCUGAGUCUAACACGAGCAUGACCGGAUCACUUAGUGAUAGUUUACAUUAUACUCUAGAGAGUCUUAACCCCAAUUUGAACUUUUUUUCUCAAGAAAGUAGUAAUGGUAAAAGUUGUAGUAGCAGCAAUAUCUUUAUUGCCACUGAUCCUAGCCAUGAGAACUACUUUAGUGAUGCUUAUAACCAUAUUCCGGUAGCAAACGAUAUGUUCUUUAAUAUUUGUAUGAUGGAUGAGAAAAAUAUAGGCUCUUUUGUGACUGUGUUUCCUGGUGCUGGAAUGUGCGAGACGGCCGGCAUCAAUGAAGAUAUUAGCCUUAACGGUAAGGAUAAAUUAGAUGAUGGCAGUCCAGCAGAAGUUGCUAUUUCUGGGAAGGAGUUGCUGCCCAAAAGGAAGUUUGAUACGCAAGAAUCUCACAGAAAGGCUAAAGAAAAAACUAGCUCCCAGUCAUCUUAUCAGAAUGCAAGGAAGAAACCUCGGGUUUCAAGAGAUGUACAAAAGAGUGAGAAGAAUGAACAGUCAAAGAAGAAGCAGAAGCUCUCAAACAGUUCUCAUGAAGAAGAGAGUAAUGCUGGACGUGAUGGACAGAGCUCUACUAGUUACAUGAACUCAGAAGAUGAUGCUUCCCAGGAGACUAAUGCAGGAGCAACCACAGACUCCGAAGCCUCUGCACCUCUCAACUUGAGUGGCGGGAAGACGAGAGCCAGUAGAGGGUCUGCCACAGAUCCACAAAGCCUCUAUGCAAGGAAAAGAAGGGAAAGGAUAAAUGAGCGAUUGAGAAUCUUACAGAAUCUGGUCCCCAAUGGAACGAAGGUUGAUAUCAGCACAAUGCUCGAAGAGGCAGUCAAUUAUGUGAAGUUUUUGCAGCUCCAAAUCAAGCUUUUAAGCUCCGAUGAUCUGUGGAUGUUUGCUCCCAUCGCUUACAAUGGAAUGGAUAUUGGUCUCAAUUACCAGAAGAUUUCCCCACCUGAUCUAUGCCUUUAA